AUGGCCGGGGCCGCCGGGAGCUCUCCGGGAGAGGCGGGUGGGGGUGGUCGGGUCUGUUCGGCUUCGCUGGCUGAGGUGGAAGCCGUAGCUGCGGACUGGAUGCUGGAGUUCGCCUGCUACUGCCUGUGCCGGCACUUCGGGGACGGGUGCGCGGCGGAGUUCCGGCGGUGGAGGGACGUGGCGCAGGCUGUUAUUAAUGGCCUCUCCAAAACAGCUACACAUCAGAGAAAAAUGGUGUAUCUCUGUCAGCUUUUGAUAAGAAUUGCAAAAGGAAAAAACCUUGAAUGCCAUUUUGAAAAUGAUCAAAGAAUUUCACCUUUGGAAUCUGCUCUGUCUUUCUGGACUUUACUUGAAAGGGAAGAAAUUAAACUGGAAAAGCUUCAUGAAGAUAUUCGUCGCUUGAUUCAAAUUCAGGUUGUAGCAGUCCAUAUGGAAAAUGGCUAUUUCAAGGAGGCUGCUGAAGUUCUUGAAAGGCUAUUUACGGAGUCGGAAUCAAAUAAGCCUUUAAGGGUGAAGCUGGCAACCAUAAUUAAAAGCAAGGAUCCAUAUGUUCCCCUUCUCCAAAGCUUCAGUUACAGUCUUUUGAUAAGUAAAAUCAAGUCUUACGUUGAACUUUUCAUGAAAGAAAAUGAAGCUAACUUCUUAAUGCAGGCAGCCACAAAACAGGUAGAGUCUAAAGGAUUGGGAGCAACAGCAUUGCAAAACAAAACUGUGAAUGUCAAGGAAAGUGACAAAAGGAGUUUGGAAACAAAACAAAGAUCAAUGAAAGAGCAACAAAGUAUUACAAAUCAGCCACCUGGAGACAUAAAAAACCCCACAGGAAGGCCUUGUUCAGGACGGAAACACAGAGUAAGCAGUGUUCUUCAGAGUUUGAACAGCUUGCAAAAUGUGGAAAAAAAUGGAGAUGCUUUGGCUUGUGGCCGAAGAAGACAGCGAUGGACUUACAAAGAAGACUUGGAACUGAAAUCAGGAAUAAGGGAGUUUGGAGUGGGUAACUGGGCUAAAAUUUUGGUCCAUGGUGACUUCAACAACCGAACUAGUGUCAUGUUAAAAGACCGGUGGAGAACACUGUGCAGGAACGAACAAGGCUAAUUUGGACCACAGGAAUCAACUCUUCUUGACCCCACCCUACAUAAGGACCUAGUCUAGCUUUUCAGAAUAAUAACUUAUUUUUGUCUCAGAGUGUCUAGCAGUGUUGCUGUCCUAAAACAUG